AUGGAGAAACAUCUUGAUGCAGAAGAAGACAGAAAUGAUGGAAUUCAAGCAUUAGAAUAUGCUAAUAAGAAAAAUAUUAGUAGUAGAGGUUAUUGUGAUAAUAAAGAAAAUAAAAUUAUAAAGGAUGAAAAUAAAAAUGAAAAAGAAAUACUUGAGAAAGAUUCAGAAUAUAUUGAAUAUGGAGAAUCAGUUAGAGAACCUAAAUUAGAUAAUAAUCAUAGAUUAAGAUCUGAUAACAAAAAUGUUGUAGUUAAACUUAAUAAAGAUAUGAGAGAGAUUGGUGUCGAAAACAAUAAUCUAGUGAUGAAUAAUAAUGAUGAUCUGGUAAGAUAUAGAAUGAAAGAUAACAAUAAUAGGGAUGAAGCUCCUGAUGAAGAGACUGAAAGAAAUAAUAAGGGCAUGGUGUGUAUAAGAAAUGCAGUAGAUAAGUUGGGAUAUAACAGAGUAAAAGAAAAAGGAAUAGAAGUAAAAAUAAUGGUGUUGAUGAUAGAGUUACAAAGUAUAUGGAGAAUGAUUAUAGGAAUAGUAAAG